AUACACGUCAAUAUACACACACUCUUUGUCUUAGUCUUAAGUCUUCUCUUCCUUCUCCUCAUCUUCUUUUUAUAUCCCUUCCCAUUGCACCUCUCCAAGACUUCAACCUUCAAAACCUCCCUCUCCCCCAUCUCUCCCAAAUCUCUCCCUCUCUCUCUCCCAAAUCUCUCUCUCUCUCUCCUCUUUUUGGUUUUGAUAUUUUAUGGACAGAGGAUGGGGACUUACCUUGGAUAAUUGCGAUCAGUCAGCUGGAUUUUUCUUGAACAACAACAAGCCGUCGUCAGCUGGAUUUUGUUUGACUCCGAGAAGACCUAAUAUUUCUGUCAACAUGUUUUCGAUGAAUAACACCGGGAAGGACUCUCCGGCUUCUUCACCUUCCGGUGAUAACCGAAAGGCGGUUCCGGGAGAACUGGAUUUCUUCGCUAGCAAGCCAACUAACUAUGAUCAUCAUGAUAACAGUGUUAAUUAUCCUGUUAUGAACAGCAGCAGUAUUGUUGUGAAGCAGGAGAAAUCACACGGUGAAGCCAGUCAAAUGGAUGUAAAUACAGGGUUGCAUCUUCUAACUGCUAACGCUGGAAGUGAUCAAUCAAUGGUGGAUGAUGGGGUGUCGUCAAAUGUGGUAGAUAAGCGAGCUAAAAAUGAGUUAGUACAAAUACAAUCUGAGCUUGAACGGAUGAACAUUGAAAAUCAAAGGUUGAGAGGGAUGCUUAGUCAAGUUACCAAUAAUUAUGCUGCACUUCAGAUGCAUCUUGCCACAAUUAUGGAACAACAAAAUGCACGAGCUGGAAGAACACAAGAACAUGACCAGAUUGCCGAAGAGAAAUUAGAAGAGAAAACGGAUGAUCGGAGUGGUGAUCAAGGACAAAUAGUACCAAGACAAUUUCUUGAUUUGGGACCGAGCAAUCAAGCUCAUUCUUCGUCUGAAGAAAGAACGCAAUCCGAAUCGGGGAUUAAUAAUGUUGAAUUGUCACACAAUGGGAAUAGAAUCAACUCUAUGGGUAAAAGAUUAGGCAGAGAUGAUAGUCCGGAAUCAGAAAGCUGGAAUCCGAAUAAAACUCCUAAAUUGGCUGCUGCUGCUGCUUCGAAUUCUAAUUCCAAGGCUAUUGAACAAGCUACGGAAGCUACAAUGAGAAAAGCUCGUGUAUCGGUUCGAGCUCGAUCGGAAGCUCCGAUGAUUACUGAUGGAUGCCAAUGGCGCAAGUAUGGUCAGAAAAUGGCUAAAGGAAAUCCUUGCCCACGAGCCUAUUAUCGUUGCACCAUGGCUGUUGGUUGCCCCGUUCGCAAACAGGUUCAAAGAUGUGCCGAGGAUAGAACAAUCCUGAUAACAACCUAUGAAGGCACACACAACCAUCCCCUUCCUCCAGCUGCCAUGGCGAUGGCCUCGACGACCUCUGCUGCCGCGAACAUGCUCCUAUCUGGCUCCAUGUCAAGCGCAGACGGAAUCCUAAACCCAAACAUCCUAGCCAGAGCAAUUCUCCCCGUAUCAUCCUCAAGCAUGGCAACAAUCUCAGCCUCAGCCCCAUUCCCCACUGUCACACUAGACCUGACUCACUCUCCAAACCCUCUCCAAUACCAAAGACCCCCCUCCCAAUUCCAGCUCCCAUUCCAGGCUCCCCAAAGCUUCGUAGGCCUCCCCCCAACUCCGCAAAUAUACGGCCACCCGAUCCACAACCAAUCCAAAUUCUCAGGCCUGCAUGUUUCGUCUCAGGACAUGGAAUCAAGCCAGGCUCAUCAGGCGCCACCGCAGUUUCACCAGGCGCAGCCACAGACCUCAUUCGCUGACACCCUCAGCGCCGCCACGGCUGCCAUCACUGCUGACCCCAACUUCACCGCGGCACUAGCGGCCGCGAUCUCGUCCAUCAUGGGUGGCAAUUCUAGUCAUCAGAACAACAACAACAAUCAAUAAUAACAGGAUUUUUCUAGGGGAGUCAUGCACAGCUAGUACAUACUACAUCAUGUCUGUACUUAAAAUUUUCUUUCAUUUGUAUCAAAAUUACUCAUACUUAUCUGUUAAUUAUCAUCCUUUUUUUCCUUCUUAAGGUUGUGUACUUGUAACAUUUUGUUGUUUCCAUGUGUACCAAGAGAAUACACGUUCAUAUGUAGAAAAACAUAGAACUCCAUAGUUCUUUUAUUUAUUUAUGAAUUCGAAUUAUUAGCUC